UUAAUGGCGAUGGCGUUUGCCACAUCGAUGAUUGAUCGGGACGAACGAAUCGCAGAGGAUUUGGUAGUGGUCUAGGGUUAGGUUUUUUGGUGGCCAUGGCGACGCAGCAGCAAGGGGGAGCAGGAGGCGCGAAGAGGAAGCCGGUGUUCACGAAGGUGGAUCAGCUGAAGCCCGGGACGGGCGGCCACACCCUCACGGUCAAGGUGCUGAAAUCCGACACCGUUGUCCACAAGGGCCGCGCCGCCGCCGCUAGUCAACUGCGCCCCACCAGGAUCGCCGAGUGCCUCAUCGGCGACGAGACCGGGACCAUCGUCUUCACGGCUCGCAACGAACAAGUUGAUUUGAUGAAACCAGACAACACCGUCAUUCUCCGGAACGCCAAGAUCGAUAUGUUUAAGGGCUCAAUGAGAUUGGCCGUAGACAAAUGGGGGCGCAUUGAGGUGACCAAUCCUGCUGAUUUCACCGUGAAAGAGGAUAACAAUCUGUCUUUGAUCGAGUACGAGCUAGUGAAUGUUACCGAAGAGUAACAACUGUACCUCGGAGAGCAAUCUCAUCUGGUGCAGAAAAUGAUCACCAGUUCUACAUCAUCUCCUGGUGACGAAGUUGUAGGAAUCUUGGCCUGCAAAAUUUGCUGCACACUGCACUUGUUUAGUUAGUCCACUACCUCUUGUUUUUUCUUCUUUCAGUUGAUGUUUCAUGAUGCAGUUAAUAGAUUCUGAAAUAAACAUAAUUUUGUGCUUGAUUAUCCAAUUUAUUUUAGAUCCUUCACGUCA